AAUUUACGCUAAAUUAAGACAUGAAGAAUAAAUUCUGCUACUGUGAUGAUAACACUUGCAAAAUGUGUAUCCCCUUUAUUCUUACCACAGCUCCCGCCCUUCAUUACAGCAGUCAAAAGAGUCUGAUUAUGGGGAGUGCAGCACAGACUCAGGCAGUGGGACAAGACUGUCAGCCUGCGCUUUGGAAGGUGACGACACAUGUGCUGUACAUCCCGUAACCUUCAAGUGGCGCCAGGUCCUCUACGCACUUUCCUGUAUCUGAAGUUUCUCGUUGUGUGGGUGUUGGUUCUUCUGGCUGAUUUUGUGCUAGAGUUCAGGUUUGAGUACCUGUGGCCGUUUUGGCUUUUCAUACGAAGCGUCUACGACUCCUUCAGAUAUCAGGGACUGGCCUUCUCAGUCUUCUUCGUAUGUGUCGCUUUCACAUCGGACAUCAUCUGCCUCCUUUUUAUACCUGUUCAGUGGCUGUUCUUUGCUGCCAGUACCUAUGUGUGGGUACAGUAUGUUUGGCACACAGAAAGAGGAGUUUGUCUUCCCACGGUUUCACUGUGGAUUCUGUUCGUGUACAUUGAAGCUGCCAUCAGGUUCAAAGAUCUAAAGAACUUUCAUGUAGACCUUUGUCGACCUUUCGCCGCUCACUGUAUCGGAUAUCCAGUCGUGACCCUAGGCUUUGGUUUUAAGAGCUACGUUAGCUACAAGAUGCGGCUGAGAAAACAGAAAGAAGUGCAGAAGGAGAACGAUUUCUACAUGCAGCUCUUACAACAGGCCUUACCGCCUGAGCAGCAGAUGUUGCAAAGACAAGAAAGAGAAGCAGAGGAGGCUGCUUUGGCUAAGGGGAUCUCUGAGGUCGAACCUGCAGUGAUAUCCCAAAACGGAGCACCACCUGGAAAGAAAAGCGCCGGUGUUCCAUUACCAGAGCUGGAGUACCGCGAAAAGGGCAAGGACAGCUCGGCGAAGGAACGCGACAGCAAAAAACAGAACUCAAUUGGAAUCAAUAACAACAGCAUCAUACACACACUGGACUCCAAACUGCAGGAGACGGAGUACAUUGAGAACUACGUUGGGUCGAAGAGACUCAACAAUGACCUGUCUGGAGAAAACAUGCACGCAGACACUAACACACACACUACUUCGAAGGAGGAAACGGGGGGCACAGGGAAGAACUAUAAAAACGGCGGAAGUGGGGGCGGCAUUUCAAAUUCAUCCCCGCGGAAUCACAGCGCAACCAACGGCAGCGUUCCGACCGGUUCGCUCAGCGGUAAGAAUGAGAAGAAACAGAAGGGAACCGGGAAGGGCCAGAAGGAUCCGGUGGAGAACUGCAUUCCCAACAAUCAGCUCGGCAAGCCGGACGCUCUUGUGCGCCUGGAGCAGGAUGUGAAGCGGCUGAAGGCAGAUCUUCAGGCCAACAGGCAGCUGGAGUCUGAGCUCCGGAGUCAGCUUUCCUCUCUGAGCAGCCAGGACCGCAGCCUCCGAUCUGAACUGGCACAACUCCGCCAGGACAACGAGUUAUUACAGAAUAAGCUCCACAGUGCAGUGCAGGCCAAACAGAAGGACAAGCAGACCAUUUCCCAGCUGGAAAAACGGCUAAAGGCUGAGCAGGAGGCUCGGGCUGCGGCCGAGAAACAGCUGGCGGAGGAGAGGAAGAGAAAGAAGAUCGAGGAGGCCACUGCUGCCAGAGCUGUCGCCUUGGCUGCUGCCACUAGAAUGGAGUCGAACGACACCCUUCGUGUUCGCAUCAGAGAGCUGGAGACGGAGUGCAAGAAGCUCAGUAUGGACAUGAAGCUGAAGGAGGAGCAGAUCAGGGAUCUGGAGGGCAAAUGUCAGGAGCUGCGGAAGUAUAAGGAGAACGAGAAGGACACCGAGGUGCUAAUGUCGGCACUCUCAGCCAUGCAGGAGAAGACCCAGCACCUGGAGAACAGCCUCAGCGCUGAGACCAGGAUCAAACUGGACCUUUUCUCUGCUCUGGGAGACGCUAAAAGGCAACUGGAGAUAGCACAAGGUCAGAUCCACCAGAGGGAGCAGGAGAUUGCAGAGCUGAAGCAGAAGAUAGCAGAGGUGAUGGCCGUGAUGCCGAGCCUGUCGUAUUCGACAGACACCACUAACCUCAGCACCGUCGCCCCGCACUACUCUUCCAAGUUCAUGGACAAUAGUCCCUCAUCCCUGGACCCCAACGCCUCUGUCUACCAGCCCAUGAAAAAGUGACUCUGACCUCCAAACUGUCUGUCAGACAGAAUGUUUCUCUUUUUUUUUUCUUUAGGUGAACUUCUCAGUUUUUGGCUCAUAUUUGUCUCGUAAUCAGCCCCUGACAGAUUUUGCACUUGCAAGUGCACAAAGACCCUUUUUACAAACGUGUAUUUUUUUUAUUUUGUUUUGGUUCUAUUAUGAGAACUAUAAAAUCAUUUGGUGUUGUGGACAACACUGGGAUUUAGAUAGCCAUUAGAUAAUAUGGUCUCUUUAAAAGGGGAGAAACAAGGAAACUAUUUUGGUUGCCAAAUUUACUACUUCGGAGCCGUCGUGCAUUACCUAACGUUGUUUUUGUUUUGCUGUACAGUAUAAAUCUCCCUGCAGCUGUAUUUUCUUCUUUGUUUACCUGACAAACAGCCUUUUAGUUUAAAAAAAAAAAAUUGGAGUUUGUGACAUUAAGAGAGAUGAGGUGUUCUUAGUUCAGGUGUGUAUUGUUAAAGCCCUGUGAAAGAUACAUGAAUGUAAAUGGAUUCAUGUUUUCGGUAUCAUUGCUCGCUUUUGUAACGUUUUUGUUCGUUUACGAUAAUGUGCAGUUCUUUUAUGUAGAGCUGGUGGAAAAAUAUGCGGUUUUUUUUGGUUGUUUUUUUUUUCUCCUCAGAUGUCCCUGUACACCUUAGUCCCUUAAUGCUAGAGUAGUGGGAUUCUCCAGGAUAAUCAGAGAGUGGAUAAAGCAGAUGUACGUGUGUGUUUGAUUCGACCCGGCACUGCCAAAAUACUACGUUGAACUUUUUACCUGUUUGCUGCAGACAUCUUUCCCAGACCUUUCCUCUCUCCCUCUGGACCAAAUUUCUAACCUGCUCGGCCAUAAUUUCCACAAGGAUUCAAUGAUGUCUAGGUAACCACUUUGUUACCAUUUGUAUCAAGAUUUUUUAUGGUGCCUUUUGGAGUUCCUACUUUUUUAGACGCCACAUACUUUGCCACAUAUUCCACAUACUUUACCGUCUUGGGAUGUAAAAAGCAUUAGCCUUUCAAACAGAUAUUCAAAGUCAGCGACUUCUCUGAAGGAUUUUUUCCAGAGUCUGGCCAUUUUGAUUCAGUAUUAAAACAUGAAGCCAAUAAUCACCUUGGUUUUAAACCAAGUACACUUCAGUAAGCAUGUUGAACAGGCUUAAAGGGAAGACGCUACGGUGUCAGAAUGCCAGAUAACAACCGAAACCGAUUGUCUCCUUUCGUGUUCUAGUCCUGGCAUUAAGUUGUUUACAACAAUGUACAUUAACAAAAAACUGAGGAAUGUUUCUUUUGCUUCUCCGAUUUCAGUGCCAAGUGUUGAUGAUGUAGCUAGCCUAAACGGUCGCGGACGUGUUCUGUCUUUUUUUUUUUCUUUCUUUUGUUGUGUUGUCAUCGAAGCAUAUUCAAACGGUGUUGUGUUUACAAGGUUCAGGGCCGAUGGUGGCGACGCAGCAGGUGGUCAGUAGGACCGAUUUAAUUUAUUUUCUUACACUUUGUAAUUUCUCACCGCGUUCAAUUGAUUUCCUUUACAUUUUCAACCAGGAAGGAUUCAGUGAAUGUGUUGGAAAAAGUUUUUUGCUCCUGAGCCAUUUGAUCCUGUUUGUGCUGUCAAAGUCAUACCUGGGAGGGGUUGUGGGUUGGGGGGGUAAAAAAAAACAAAAACUGUUUUGUGGAUUGCUUCGGCAUUGUGAAUUCAGUUUCAAAAGUUGCUUUUCACGGAUUCGUGUAAAUGAAAGAGAAGGUUAAAAUGAGUGCUUUGUUUUAUAUUGUCAUUGUUUCACCGUGUUUAUUUUUUCAAAGUGAUGGUGUCUCGGUCACACGUUUCACUUUGGCAUUCACUAUUAAAGAAGGUCUUGCUGGUGAAAA